UCACUCACUCAUUUCAUUCAUUCAUUUUUUUGCAAUCAGUACUAAUCUUCAUUUAGCUGUGUGUGGUAUCAUUCACUUCAACCUCCGUGGAAUUACCUAUAGUUAAAUAAUUAAUAUAUUAAUACCUACUGUGUUAAGAUAAACAUGGCGAUAUCGGGCGCGAGUUACUGUUUAUUGUUGACUGUGUUUUGUUAUGUGAAUGCUCAUCCUCUUACUGAUGAUGAACCGUACCCAUACUACACGCGAGAGGACUGGCUCGCGACCCCAGCCACGGACGUCGAGCCUCUCUCCACGCCAGUGCCAUACGUGGUCAUCCAUCACACAUACAUCCCUGGUGCCUGUAACACUACUGAACAAUGCUCCGCCUCCAUGAGGGGUAUGCAAGAGUACCACAAGAGCCUAGGCUGGGGCGACAUUGGAUACAACUUUGCAGUUGGGAGUGAUGGAGGUGCUUACGAAGGCAGAGGCUGGGACACCAUGGGCAUCCACGCCGGCAGGGCCAAUAGCCAUAGCCUUGGAAUCGUUCUCAUCGGCGAUUGGCGAGUAAACCUCCCGCCACCCACGCAGCUGGCCACGACAAAAGCCCUCAUAGCCAAAGGACUCAAAGACGGCGUCAUAAGCCCUCAGUACCGCCUAAUAGGGCACAGCCAAGUCAUGUCGACGGAGUGCCCAGGGGGAGCGCUGCUCGCCCACAUAGCUACGUGGGACCACUACUGGCCCGGCCAUGUGGAGUUUAAGCCAGCGACGACAAAUUCUACUUCCAAUUUGUAAGACGAGGGUGAUGAAUUGUGUUUAUAACAAAUAACAACUAGUCUUCAGUGUUAGUCAAGUUUAUAACUCCUUACCGCAUGAAUAAAAAAAAACCGGCCAAGAGCGUGUCAGGCCACGCUCUGGUGUAGGGUUCCGUAGUUUUCCGUAUUUUUCUCAAAAACUACUGAACCUAUCAGGUUCAAAACAAUUUU